GCCUUGGGGGGUGGGUACCUCCACUGGGGCCACCUCGAGAUGAUUCGCCUGACCAUCGGCCGGGAGAUGAACCCCAAGACCAUGUUCGCCAUCUGGCGCGUGCCGGCCCCCUACAAACCGGUGACGCGGAAGAGCAUGGGCCACCGCAUGGGAGGCGGCAAAGGCCCCAUCGAUCACUACGUGACGGCGGUGAAGAGCGGGCGGCUGCUGGUGGAGAUCGGCGUUGAGGAGGUGAAACCCUUCCUCAUGCAGGUGGUCAAGAAGUUGCCCUUCCCCGCCAUCCCCGUCAGCCGCGAUAGCCUCCAGCAGAUGCGUCGCGAGGAGGAGGAGAAGAAGCUCAACAACCAAAACCCCUGGACCUUUGAGCGCAUCGUCACCGCCAACAUGCUGGGGAUGCGCAAGUACCUCAGCCCCUACGACCUGCGGCUAAAGGGACGCUACUGGGGCAAAUUCUUCCUGAAACACAGGGUGUAA